AUGCGAUCGCAGAUUAACUCAAAUAUGCAGACAGAAUCAAAUAAUACAUCACCAGUCUCUACUUCUGGAUCAACUAAAACCAUUUUGGAUAAUAGCCAGCAACUGAACAAUGGUCUAGAUUCUAAAUUUGUCAAUGAGCUGAUCUCUUUCAUCAACUCAGAACUCCAAGAGAUAGAUGAGCAAGAUCCUGAUGAAAGGUUCAUUAUUUUUCAACAUUCAUUUAAUAAGGUCAUUGAACAUAUUCAUUCUUAUCGUCCUUUGCUACUAGCUGUAAAAAAAGAAUAUGAAAAUGUCAUUGAAGCACUUCGGACUUCCAAGAACCAGAAUCCAAGAUUGCAACAUGUUCUCAUGGCAUUGUCUACUCAGGGGUCUACCUUGCAUAACUACAGGAUGAGAAUUGACCAACUUGAAGAUCGUGUGAUUUCUUUGCAAGAAUAUGAAAGCAGUCUGUUGCAGCAACUUGAGAUAAUUCACCAAAGACAAGAAGAGAUAACUUUAGAAGAAAAGAAAAAAGAAAAGAGAGGCAUUCAUUAUUAUAUGGACAAACGAAGGUUACCAGGAUUAAAUCUGAAACAAGCAACAGAUGUUGUAUUCCUCCAAUCCAAACUGAAGGCACUUGAACAGGAAAUUGUUGACCUAAAUUCCAACUGGAAAAAUAAAUACUUACCUCAGUUUCAUAAAAUAUACUUGAAAGAAAUACUAUCUACAAAAAUUGCUGAGAGAGACAAUAUGCGUCAGGAGGGUCGUUAUUUACAGGCCAAACGUCAGAGAAUCAAGGUGGGCUUUGAGGCAGCUCGAGCAUACAAUGACAUAAGACCCCCUCAUUGGUCAGUUGGAGAUAUUGUGGCUCAUGCUCUCAAACUAGCCAUUGAUAACCAAUUCAUUGAGAAAGACACAUCUGAUACAGAUGAUAAGCUUUUAUCCAGUACAGCUAAAGCAUUUAAAGAAGAUGAGUCAAGCAAUGAACGAGAAGCAGAAAUGAUGCUGGACUACAUUGACAAAUUUAAUGAACUCUUUGAAAGUGGCCUUUAUACAGAGGCUGGUAGGCAUGCAGCUGUUAGUCCUAAAGGUAUAUUGCGGACACAAGCCACAUUACUCAAAUUUAAAGAAUUAAAACAUCCUGGACCAGACAAAGCGUCUCACCUUUUUACCUUUUGUGAGGCACUAAUGUCAACAGUUGAAACGGCAAGGUCAAAACCUGAUGAAGAAAUGUCACUGGAAUGUGUAAUGUGUGUUCUUGCAGAGCAGCAACAGCAUUUACUCUUCCAUUGGCUAUCAAAAAACAAAUUGACAUUGAGUAUAUCUCUUGGAGAGAAAAUAGAAGCCAAAUGCAAAUGUACAUUGGUAUGCAGCUGUAAUUACCAGUCUUUAGCAGAGCAUGUUUACUGCAAGCUUGGACUCUACAAGCAAAUGGCAUUUUGCUUACUGAAACAGAACCGUGCAGAAUGUGGGUUGCACAUUGCUACAUGUUUGGCCGGAUUUACUCAGGAUAAUUUUAAAACUGCUUUGGCCAAGUGUCCUUCUCUUGAGUUGUCUUUGCAAAUUUUAAUCCAUCAGGAAAAUUGGGCAGAUUUCAUUGUUAAACCAUUGCUGAGUCUUAGAAAUGUACUUUGCAUCCUCAUUAAUUCACAUCAAGUGGAAACUGUAUGUCGCCUUUGGAAUAAACUGAUUGUAAUAGAACAAAAGUUUGGUGAAAGUAUUAUUCAUCAGUUGAUGUUGUCUGAAGGAAUGCCCCUGGGUGAAGAGUGGAUCUGUAUUGCUAAAAAAUUGGAAGAACUUGAACAACCCCAAAUUGCACUGGAACUAUUUGCUUCAGUGUUUUCAGAAAAUAUUAUCUAUUCAGCUAUGUACCAUAAAGAGUAA